AUGUUUGAUAUGUUUGGAGGAUACAGUGAGAGUAAAUUAAAGCCACAACUCAAAAUGGCGGUCAGCCGUUUUGGCAUUGCGUCCAACAAAAAGUCGGCGUUGUUGAAGCAAAGCAUGCGAGAAAUUGCUGUCCUGCUGGCGGAGGAUCCUCCAAAAGAGGAGAAAGCUAGAAUCAAGGCUGAAGCAUUGAUCAGAGAUGACUACAUGAUUGAGGCCUAUGAUAUUUUGUCAUUGAAUUGCGAUUUGUUGAGUGAACGAAUCAAAUUGCUUUCGUAUAGCAAGGAGUGUCCGCCAGAUCUUAUCAGUUGUGUGUCGACAUUGAUAUACGCGUCGGCAAGAAUCGAUAUUCCCGAACUAGUAACAAUUCGCAAGCAAUUCCGGGCAAAAUACGGCAAGAAGUUCGAAGAAGAUGCCUUGAACAAUGUCAAGAAUGUGCUCAAUGAAAGGGUCGUGACCAAACUUUCCGUUCAGCCACCAGCAGCCUAUCUUGUUCAAACAUAUCUAGAGACAAUCUGCGAAAAAUACGAAGUCGACUGGUCCCCAACAAUUCGACUGCAGGCAACGCAAAUCGGAGAACCAAUGGCACCACCAAAGGGAUUUUCAGUGGAAGCGGGGCGAGGAACGGGACUUGGACCAGUGAUUGCAACAAAUGGUGGAACAGCCGUGGAAGAAGAUAUCACUAUGGCUUCUAGUGCUGAAUACAACCCUAGUGCCAAGGCUACUGCUGAAUACAUCCCUGAAUACAAUCCGAGUGUCAAGACUAGUGGUGAAUAUAUCCCUCCGAUAGUAGAAUCAGCAGUUGUCGAUGCCACCAAGAUCGACCCUAACGAUUUUGUGGAACCUGAUAUCUUCAUUCCUGCAGCACCAGGGUCGACGACCAAGAAAGAUAUUGCAGGUCCACCAUCGGCACCCUCUGCGCCUCCAACUAAUUCAACAUCUUCGACAAAUGGCAAGGGUGACGACGACGAGAAUGGUGGUGCUCAGGCGUCAUCAGAUGGGAAAAGAUCAACUUACGAUGAUCUUGCAGCUAGAUUUGAUAAUCUCAAGAAUCUAUAA